AAAGAAAGAAUUUAAUUAUAAAAUAAAAGAAAAACAAUAAUUUUUAUAUAAAACAAAGCAAGCAUGUGUUUUUAAACAAAAUUUCUUUUUAUUUUAGCAACAUCAAGCCAAUAAAAAUCUUAAUAAAAAUGUGUUAAUUACUGUGAAAAGAAAAGUAUUAAAAAGAUAACCUUAAAAUUCCCCCUUUCAUUUUAAUUUCUUUUCGGGCCUUUUAACAACAAAAAACAGCAACAGUUUGUUAUUUGUCUGCUGAUUAAUAACAGCUGUUAACAAAAUAACAACAACAACAACUAACUAACUAAAGAAAUGAAAAAAAGACUCUCUUCAACACUCUUAAUAUAAAAGAAAACCUCAACAAAUUACUCAAAUAAAAGAACAGUUAUAUUAAAAACUUCCUUUAAUAACUUCCUCUCUCUCUUUAGUGGGAAAAUAAAGUAAAUAAAACAAAACAAAGCACACACACACACACAAUUACCCACGCACACACUCAUCCAAAACACCUGCAAACAAUCCCGUUUCAAUAUGGUGGCUGCUGGUGGUUUUAAACAACAAUUGCGUACCAAUCGCUGUUAUGUCUCGUUAGCCUGUUCCAUUGGCUCAAUUAGUUUGGCCCUGGGCAGCCUGUUUCAAAUACCCAAUACCACGGAUCGUAUUUCCAUGCAGCGUGGCUUGUUUCUAACCUCACUGGGCUUUAUUUACUUCAUUUCGUUGACGGAUUUCUGCAAUAAAUAUUUGUUGGAGACAAAACAUGGCAUUAAAUUUCGCAAGAAAUAUCGUCUCAUGAUGUCGGAUGUUAUGGAUAUGACCAAUAAAAUUGUCUCCGCCAUACAGGCUUCAUUUUCAUUCCUGGUUGGUUUAAUUGUUUGCAAAUCAACCUGCAGUAAAACAUUCGUUUAUGCUUCCCACUGCCUGAUGGAGGGCUAUGGUUGGUUCGGCACCGCCUACUUCAUGUACGACAUCUGGUCCAUGUAUCAAGUGCAUACACAAAAAAUCGCCGAUAAAUUGAAACUCAUGAAGUUGACCUCGUCGGCCUCCUUCACACCCAAACCGCUAGUCGGCCAAAGUAAUGGCGGGCUUUAUGAUAAACAUAUUGCGCGCACCUUUAAUACCAGCGGCCAGCGUUUGGUGGCCUUGGACGAUGAAUUCGCUAAUGAUUUGGAUGUUAGCGAGGACAUGCAACAUGUCCGCCAUCAUGAGGAUGAAAUCUAUGAUUAUGAUGGUGAAACGGUGCAAAUUCCAGAAAAUGGUAAAUGGGGUUUCCUUAAAUAUGUUUUCACCCAUCCUGUCAUGAUGAUACAUCAUAUAUUUGUGGGCACCGUAGGAUUUUUGGUAGUCACUUACAUACGCGGCGGCGGCCAUUGCAUUUACAGCUACAUGUUUAUGAUGGAAUUCUCUACGCCAUUUGUCUCGUUGCGCAGUAUUUUAAGCACAUUGGGCAUGAAGGAAUCCCAACCCUAUAUUGUUAAUGGUUUGGUUAUGUUGGGUUCAUUUUUCGUGUGUCGUGUUUUAAUGUGGCCUUAUGUAAUGUGGCGCUAUAGUAUUGAGAUAAAUGCCACAAUAUGGCAGGCCAUUUCCGGUCUACCUAUUGGCUGUAUUAUUGGCAUUUUAAUAUUAUUUUUGCCACAAAUCUAUUGGUUCUUUUUGCUGAUUAAAGGGGCUAUUAAGGUCUUUUUCCCGCCAUCUACUACAACGAAAAAAUCUCUAGCCGAUGGCCAGGACUCCAACAAUACAAACGGUAGUUUGAAAGCCUCGGUCUCCUCAAAUUUAUCGAAUGGCUCUUUAACAACAACAACAAAUGGCAAUGGUUCUAUACCGUCUUUAGUAAACAAAGCAAAACCCUCCUAAACAUUGAAACUUUUAAAUUAAUAUUGUUAAAAACCUAUAUAAGUUAAACAUUUAUUUUGAGAAAAAAACAAAAAGAAAAACGCAAACAUAAACAAAUAUUUAAUAACAAAUUUAACUGUUAAAUCUAAUAACUAACUAUAAAUUUAGUCAUUUAGUUAAAUGAAAACAUACACAUAAUUACAUAAACAACAAAACACACACCAUCCCCCCCAUAAACAUUUCUAACUUAGAAUGUAUUUAAUUUUUUGUUGAGUUUUUUUUUAAAGAAAUUUUUCUAUUUUCAUUUUUUUAACUAGCGUUUUGAAAUUCAUUUAAACGCAUUUAGAAAUAUGCCUUUAUUUUUGCCUCAGUUGUUUAAAUUGUUAAUUUAAUUUUAAAAAACCACAAAAUACUUUCAAUAUUUUUAAUAUUUAAGGCAUUAAAAAAGACAAGACGUUGUUUUUAAUACAAAAUAGACAUCAAACUUUAUUUUAGGAAAAAACCAUAUUUAAAGUUAAGGUUUUGGAAACAUUACAUUUCUCUCCAGACCUUAAAAUCAAUCAUUCAAAUCACCAACUAUAAAACAAAUUAAUAGAAAAACUCCUAGAAACAAAAAUCAAAAUUUAAAUAAAAUCUAGAAAACAGAGCUUAUGCUUAAAUUGUUAAAGUUCUUUAAUAUAAAAAUAAGAACUCUACUUCCUACUACAACCAAAUAGGAAAACUAUUGUUAUAUUAAAACAAAAUUGUGGUAAAACUCUUACUCCACCACUCUCUCAUACCAUUAAAAUAAAACUUCCAUAUAAAAAAAAAAAAAACAUUUUAAAACAACUAACAAAAACGAAUAAAAAAUUAACUAGCAAAAACAAACAAAACCCAGCACAAAUUAAGAUUGUGUUCUGAAUUAUAUUAAAAAAGAAAAACAAAAAAAAAUUUUACAACAAUUUUGUUUUAAAUGUUAUUGCAAAAAAUAAACAUAUAUUAACUUGUAUAAAAAUAUAUAUUUUUUAAAAAACAAGCAGCUUUUUUUUUUGUAAACUGUUAUACAAAACUGUUAUAUAAACUAUUAAAGAGAAAAACAAAUUAAACAAGAAAUAUAUGCUCUAAUUGUCUAUGUUUAAAACCAAAAAAAAAAUAUAUAUAUGAAAUUUAACGAAAAACCAAUCAACCAGAUUUUAAAUUAUUAUUGUAUGUCUUAACUCUCAACCACUAACAACAAGGAAUGAAAAAAACAACAAAAAAACGAGUACAAUUUGUGAAAAAAAAAGUUUUAAAUAGGAAAUUGAAGAGAAAACCAUAAUAACAACUAAAAGAAAACUUAUAAAAAAUAUAUAUUAAAACAACAAAACAGGAAAUAUUAAACAAAAAACUAAAAAAAAACAAA